ACCCUUCAUGAUUUGGGUUUGGAGAUUCAAAGUCUCAGAACUAGGAUCUCUAAUCUCACUAAAAAUUUUGGCCGGUAUGUAAAUUUAAUGACCAGAACGGAGGGAGGAGAGUCGAGUGCUCCAUCCAGGCAGCAACAAUUAAGGCAGACUUACCCCUUUGUGGCUGAGGAGGAUGUGGUUGGACUGCGUAAUGAUGUUGAGAAGCUGGUUGAACAUUUGCUGAAUGACGGUGAAAGUACAGAGCGCAAAAUAAGUGUGGCUUCGAUUGUCGGCAUGGGAGGUAUCGGCAAAACCACUCUUGCUAGAAAGGUAUAUCACCAUGGAAGAUCGAAGGAUUAUUUUAAAGGUUUUGCUUGGGUUUAUGUGUCACAACAAUGGCAACCAAAAGUUCUCUUCCAACGCAUUCUACUCAAGCUUACUCCUGAAAACAGAGAACAGAUAAUGAAGAGCGAACAAGAUGAGCUAGCAGAGCUGCUUCGAGAGCACUUGGGAGCUAGGAGAUGUUUGAUAGUCCUCGACGACAUUUGGUCAACAGAUGCUUGGGAUAGCCUAAAAGAUGCAAUCCUAGUUUCGGGGCAUGGAACCAAAAUUUUGCUCACAACUCGUAUUAGAGAUGUGACGGUACAUGUUGAUCCAAAUGGUUAUCGCCAUGAACUGCGUUUUUUGACCGAGGACGAAAGUUGGGAGUUGCUACGAAAGAAAUCAUUGAGGGAGAGAAGUGGUGAAGGUUGUGAAGAUUUGGACAAGCUAGAAGAGUUAGGAAAGAAAAUGUUGAAAUACUGUGGGGGUCUUCCAUUGGCCGUGGUGGUUCUAGGUGGAAUUCUUAGAACUAAAACAACCCUCAGUGACUGGGAUGAAGUGCAUAAGAAUAUCAAAUCCUAUCUGGAUAAGGGAGAAAAAAUUGGAAAAGAAUGAGAGCUGCCAAAGGUUUUAGCUUACAGUUACUAUGACCUCCCUUGGCAACUAAAACCAUGCUUCCUUUACUUGGGUAAAUUCAGGGAAGAUUCCAAUAUUGGAGCAGAGAGUUUAUAUCAGAUGUGGAUAGGAGAAGGUAUGAUAUUUGAGAAUGAUAAAAGGGAGCAAGAAACAAUGAUGGAUGUUGCAGAGCGUCACUUGAAAGAAUUAGCAAUAAGAUGCAUGGUUGAAAUUAAAGCAUAUGAGGAGGGGAAGCAUGCAGUAACAGAGUUGAAGUCAUGUCGGCUUCAUGAUCUUAUGAGAGAUCUGUGCUUAGCCAAGGCAAAAGAGGAGAAUUUGUAUAAGCUGGUCGAUCGAACUCCUUCACGAGAUUCUCCUCCUGCAACUGAAGCACAGUAUGGUUUAGUCCUUCGUUUGCUUCCAGAGGAUAUCUCUCAAUACAACUUUCUGCCAAAAGAACAAACUAAGCAUCUUCGCUCAUUCCUGUGUGAUCCGUUGGAAGACGAAUGGCAAUAUUUUUCAAGGGUGAGAAUAAUGUCCCAAGUCAAGAAUUUGAAGAUGCUCAGGGUUUUGGCAAUUUUAUCCUUGGAUAUGGCCUCCCAAAGUUGUUUUCGCAAAUCACCUCUGGAGUAUGUCGGUAAGCUUAUCCAUUUGAGAUGUUUGAGAUUGAGCGGUGAGGGUAUAAACUUGCCAUAUUCCUUGGGCAAUUUAAAGUACUUGGAAACACUUGAUUUGUCUGAUAGUUCUUAUUGUAGAAUACCGAACGUCCUAUGGAAAUUGGACCGUUUGAGAUAUCUUUAUCUUCCGAAGUGGAGGAGGGGCCCUCACUGGGCGUGGUGGCUAUCUCAGCCUAAGCUGCGGCUGAGCAAGCAGCUGGAGAUACUUAAAUCAUUGGAUAACAGAUUUAGCUAUCCUGAAGGUGUAUGUAAAUUGCCGAAUCUCAGAUCUUUCAAAGCAAUAGUGUAUGAAAAUCUUGAGGACCUGGAACACAUCAUCAAUCAUAUAUCAAACUCGGACUGCUUGUGCAUUAGCUCGCUCGCAAUCACAGACUGCACUUUUGGCAGCAGCAGGAGUUUGGAUGUUCUUUCAAGGGUGUUGUUUAGUAGGAAUAUUCAUGAAUUAUUGAUCUGCAAUGUUAGGAGUUAUAGUUUCUGCAAAAAGUUACCGGAUUACCAAUCCCACAUGUUUCCUGAUCCUGCAGGACUUACUCAAUUAAGGCUGCACGAUAUUAGAAUUGAGGAAGACCCAAUGGUAACACUCGAGAAGCUUCCUAACCUAAGAAUACUGGAACUUGGGCCAAGUUCUUUUCUGGGCCAAGAAAUGAGCUGCCACUCGAUGGGAUUUCCCCAACUAAAAGAUCUUUGGCUUUGGCGUUUGUGUAAUUUACAGCAGUGGACAGUGGAAGGAGGGGCCAUACCUAAGCUCUCAAGUUUACGGAUUGUGGAUUGUCAAAAAUUGGAAAAGAUUCCAGAUGGGUUGAGCUGUUUGACCAUCCUAGAAGAGGUAUCGCUAGUGGACAUGCCUGAAGAAUUCAAUAACAGAGUUAGGAUAGAGAAUGGACAUCAAGGAGAAGAUUAUGGUAAAAUAAGCCACGUGCCUUCAGUUAAAAUUCACAGACAAAUUGGUCAAAAAGCUUGUGUGAACAGAGUACAAGUUAUAGAGCAAGUUGUAGCCACAAUUGAAGGAAACGUGACCUAUGAAAACACCGGCAUGAGGUCGUGUAUGACGCAACGUUUUGCUUCUUUUGCAGGUUUUCUUAAUUUUGGUCAGCCUUCAAUUUUGCUCUAUUUUUGCACCAAUUUCCAUUGAUAUUUUCUCGAUGAUGAAGGCUGAACUAGAUCUUAUGCAAAACAUGAAAGUUUUAGGCCUUUGAGUUAGAUUUCCAAAGCUUCAAAAAUCAUCCAAUUUGAAACUUUGUAUACUAAGCAAUGACCAAAAUACCCUUAACUGGUCAACUCCCUGUUUCAGCUUUUGAUAACAAAAAUGACCGACUGUAUUUUGACAUUUUGAUUAAGAAAAUGCAUGAACUGGAUUUCAAUGUCUCAUACGAAAUAUGGAGCUAUGUGUUGGCUU